GAAUCGGAUGAAUAUUCUCGUAUUUUUGUUGCGAUCAAAAUUUUCUUUUCAUAUUUAAAUCUAGACGAGUUCAAAAUUUCGAAGUUCUCAUUCUCAUAGACUACAUACUAUACCCGCCAAAUUCCCGUUCCCUCUCCCUCCGAAUGUCACACGCGGUAGAAGAGCAACUCUCUCUCUUUCGCUACCUCAUCCAAACCAGAAGUUUCGGCGAAUCCACGCUCCGAUUUCUGGAAUCGCUUUUGGUCACCAAAGAUGUGAAAUCAUUGGUUGAAAUUCGAUCCAGCUUGAAGCAACUCCUCAAAUCUGAAUCGCUGUCAAUUAUUAAUUCAAUCGCCGCAGAAUCCCUCCACGAUAAGCUCGUAGUUCUCGAUUUCUUCGUCCACGCUUUCGCUCUUGUUGGAGAUCCAGAGAGUUGUUUGGCUCUGAGAUACGAGGCUUUAGUUAUGCGAGAACUCAAAUCUGCUAGUUUUCAACGGCUUCAAGUUUCGCCAGUAGAAUGGUUAAAUUUUGUAGAGGAUGCCGUGCAUAACGGCUUUCACUCCGUUGCAGUGAAGGCAUGUGAAAAUGCAUUGUGGUGCAUUGGAAAUACCGAUGUUCAAAAGCUUGGAAGAGACAUGCUUCCUGAAAAUUUGAAGGUGACUACUAUCAGCGAGAUUACUAGGCUCAGGAACUUUGCACUGACAUCAGUUUCUUCACGUUCUGUUCAGGUGCAAGCAACAGAGUACCUAGAAAGGAAAACAAGAGAGCAGCAAAAGUCGGACUUACGCUUCAAAGAAAAACAAUGUCUAGCAAGCACUUGUUUCAGAAGUGGAAUUAAAAGACAAAAUAUGCGAAAGUUACAUGAACGACAAAGCCUUCUGCAGGUGAAUGGUGCACUGCCUGAACGACAUCCCAAUUUGAGGUAAAAAUUAAAAUCUGCUGAUGAUCGGGACUUUUUGAUGAUUUAUUUCAUUUUUUGAGCAUGUGAAGUUUCAAAUUUCAGCCUGUCUUUGCAUUUGAGUGUUAAACCUUGAUCUCUAUUUGCUUUUUUCACUUUUCACCAGUUGAAAGAAUAAGUUGUUUACACCAUAUAGUAUUUGAAGAGUUAAUAAAGAUGAUACUAUAUGAUUUUUUGGGGUCAUAGACGAGUUGGUUUAGGAGGAGGAACACAGAGUUAAGUGAUAAAGAGUUAUUGGUUCAGCUCCUUUUACUUACUACUUGUAUUAGCAGUUAGAAAAACUGUGGUUUACCUGUUUGUGGACAGAAAUUGUAAAUCUGAGUUUCUUUUAUCAAGACCAACAUCUUUUUAA